AUGGUCAUGAAAAGCAAGGAAAAAGCAGAAGACACCUCCCCCACCAAUUCGAACCUACCUAACGACAUGUGGCAGUUGCAUGUAGACGAAGCAUCAAAUCACAAAGGAGCAGGAGCAGGAGUCGUUAUAAUCACCCCAGACGGAACCUUGUUGGAACAAGCUAUCACACUAGGCUUUUCUGCUUCAAACAACGAGGCAGAAUAUGAGGCAUUGCUUGCAGGACUGCACUUAGCGAAAGAACUGUCGAUCAAGAAAUUGGCCAUCUACUUAGACUCCCAGUUGAUCAUGAAUCAAGCCUCAGGCAAGUACAUGGCAAAGCAUCCAAGAAUGGUCCAGUACCUCGACAAAGUCCAAGGACUUUUGAAAGAAUUCCAUACUUUCACCAUCCAACAAGUUCCACGGGCAGAGAACACUCAUGCAGAUGCGUUGGCGAGCCUAGGAUCAGCACUGGAUACCCAGUUCAGACGCUCCAUCCCAGUUGAACACCUUGACCGGCCAAUCAUCGAAGAAAUAGACCCCAUCAUUGACUACUUAGUGAAUGGAAAUUUGCCAACGGAUAAGUCCGAAGCUAGGAAGGUCCAACAGAAAGCCUCGAGAUAUUACAUGCAAGGCGACAAGCUCAUUCGCAGAUCAUAUUCCGGCCCUCAUCUCACUUGCAUAAAAUACCCUCAAACACUUGAGGUCCUCUGCAAAAUUCACGACGGCGAGUGUGGCAACCACUCUGGGGGCAGGUCACUCUCCCAGAAAGCUCUAAACGUAGGCUAUUUUUGGCCUACCAUGCGCCACAACUCCGCUGAAUAUGUCAAAAAGUGUGGUCGUUGCCAACGAUACAAGUCGAUCCCUAAUCUGCCUGCCGAAGUUUACCAUCUCCAAAACAGUUCAUGGCCAUUCAUGCAAUGGGCCAUCGACUUAGUGGGUCCCUUGCAACCGGCGCCCACCAAGAAAGAAAUGAUGAUUGUCGUCAAUGGAUUGAGGCUGAAGCUCUAUCCUCUACUAAAGAAGCUGAUGUGGAGCAAUUCAUCUAGAGAAAUAUCAUCUGCCGGUUUGGCUGCCCACAAUCGCUGGUCACAGUUCAUUGGCUCACAGUUCAUUGGCAAGCAGAUCACCGCCUUCUUUGCGAAAUACAAGAUCAAGCAAUACCUGUCCACUCCGAGCAUAAGCAGCCCGCCACCUCUGGAAUUGACCUUCAUCCAUAACACGGUGCAGGUUGGCCACAAACCUCUUCUUGUACACUUCGGAAUGAACACUCCUAGCCUAUGCCACUGUCAACCCUAG